UACUCUCAUUCAUCAUCCUUAUUCAUUAAAAUCUCAGAUAGGAGUUUCUAGCUGGCAUUAAUCUACACACGAUUUUUUGUAUCCUCGAGCACAAUUCACUCUUCGGUCAGCGUUUUAUCGUUAAAGUUGUGAUUUUUAGCACUUUUCUCUGCUGUUUUCCUCACUUUGUUUGGAUCUGUAUCGAGUAUGCUUCGGCGUGAGUUUUACUCCAAUGUGUCGCAUGUAGAGCAAGGUGAGAGAUACACAGUGUCACAUCAUGGCGCGACCGAAGACACAAGACAAGGAGGCAAUGAUCAUCUUCAAAAUACACCUGCAAGAUCUAACGCCAGUACGGAUUACAGCACCCAAAGCCUGUCAAACCAGGCCGGGAUGCAGCCAGCACCUCGGGGAACGAGCAUGGUGACGGAGGGCCAUGUUGCCCGGAGUCAGCAACCUCUUACGGUCAACACUGACUGCUUUAGGGGUACUGAUCAGCCAAACGCAACGCCUCACCCGCAAGCUGACCCUGCUCGAUAUGCGUACGACAGCCACUUCCAUCCCAACACGGAGAUUGCCAACUUUCAAACACCACAGAUGCACAAUUACCAUCCCUACCACCCGAACAUGUACCACCACCAGUACCAAAUGCAUAAUCCAAGCCCUCUGCAUCAUUUACAGCAGACACGGGUUGGCCAAAUGAUCUACCAAACAGACCCCGCCAACCCGUCCGGAUUCCCUCAGGCAUCUCCCUCGGAUCUAUCCACCACUAGUAGUCAGUCUUACUAUCAUACCGGUCGCUCAUCUCCAAGCGUCUCAUCAUCAACCUGCUCUUCCCCGGUGGAGCUUGAGGACCUCUCGGUACCUGCAAAGACACGCCCAGCGGACGGAUUUACCAACCUGCAACGGACCACUUGCCCUGACUUCUCCAUUCCAAGUACGGAGCAGUGUAUGCAAGAGCUAACUCCGCGGAUCAGACCUCCAAGUGCCGAGCAGCAGGCACCGUCUAUCGGUGCGUCACCCCCGCAGGAAUUCAGCAAGGCUUCGGUGUUCCUGUGCAACAGUGAGCUGUGGAGAAAGUUCCACGAGCAUCGAACGGAGAUGAUCAUCACCAAACAAGGACGGCGAAUGUUCCCCCAACUAGUCUUCCGUCUGAGUGGUCUGAACCCUGCCGCACACUACAACGUGUUCGUAGACAUGGUCAUAGCAGAUCCAAACUCCUGGAAGUUCCAGAGCGGCAAGUGGGUGGCUACUGGGAAGUCCGAUGGAGUACCUCGAGCUACGGGUAUCUUUAAACACCCUGACUCCCCGAACACUGGUGAGCAUUGGAUGAGACAAGACAUUGCCUUCUCCAAGCUGAAACUGACUAACAACAGAGGAAAGGAUAGUGGAUAUCUUGUGAUAAACUCCAUGCACAUCUAUCAACCUCGUAUCCACGUCUUGGAUCUGACUGGUGCUCGCGUGCUGCAGACACACAGCUUCCCUGAGACACAGUUCAUUGGAGUCACGGCCUACCAGAAUACAGACAUCACUCAGCUGAAGAUAGACCACAACCCAUUUGCGAAAGGAUUCAGAGACAACUACGACAGCUUUGCCACAAGAGAGCGUCUUUCGUACGUAGCUAGUCUUCAAGAGCAGCGAAACCGAACGAAACCCGCCCAAUGCCCAGCAGCCAACGCCAUCAUCCCGUCAGAUACAACUGGUUUUCCGUGUCAGACCAACCCAACUCAACGCAGCAAUGGACAACAUGAAGGGCGACCUCUGCCGAUGAAACUGAUAAGAGCGUCAGAGCCGUCAUCAUCAACGAACUUGGCACCGGCUUGUAACAGUGGCAGCGGCAUGUCCGGCCAUGCGAUCUGCAGUGAUUCAGCCCCUUCGAGUACCAUCCGUCACUCCCCAAAAUCCAUCGGGGGACGAGAGGGGGCGUUGCCCAACUUGGGUGCGCUGAAUAACUCCGGCCAUCCUGGAUCCGUCUUGGAUACUCCACCGAACCAGAGUCCACACGGAGGGUGUGAGCGUAGCAACGAUAAGCACACACCAGCACAUAAGUUGGGGGAAGGACUUGGCUGUGGAAUGCUGGAGUGUGGGGAGAUUCCAUGGUUAAACACCCCUCCCUCUGUUUGCUCGAGUGACAAUAGCAACCCAGAUCUUCCAUCGGCUAAGAGGCUUCGCAUCUCACCAGCUGGCUCAGGUUCACCCUCUGUCACUUCCGGAACGUCUCUGUUCACUUCCGGGUCAUCAGCAGCUCCAUCACCACCCCUCCUCACAACUGCCCCCACAGCCCAUAUUGCUCCAGGGUUGGACAGUACUUUGUCGACUGAGGGCGUUGUCCAGUGUUCCAAUCGAUCGCUCGUCAUGCCACAACCGUACUACGGAGUUGGAGGGAGCUUUGCAUACCAGAAUGAUUCUCACAUGGGCUAUUCCUACAUGGGACAAACUCGCCAAGAACUGAACCUAGCAACCAGUGCACCCUACUACUACCAACAGAACAACUGAGGCUAUUCAGAGACUCAGAGGCCAAGGGACAACUCAGUAAAUGAAAUGAUGACACUCUAGUCUUAGCCCCCAAAUGACUGUCCUCCUUUGUUAUCAUAGUGCAAUCACCUUGUCAUAGGACAUUCUAAUUAAGGGUUUAGCAUCUGGUAAAUUAAACAUGUUGUCUAAACAUUGCUGGACCCCCAUCAACACUAUUUUAUUCUUACUGAACAUUAAAGAUGCAUACUAAAGCAUUGCUUUCCAGCCAUCAAAAGUACUGUUGGAGAAUUUCGUUUUUUGCUUUCGAUCUUUGACUGAAUACCUUUAGGGUUUUUUUGUACAGAAGUGCCUUGAAAUGAUGUACUCACAUAAUUUAGAUAUCGGGUGUGUUGUUAUUCUUUUGUCGGUUUAAACUUCAUUAGGCCCUAUGUGUGGUAUUCUGCAAGACUGCAACUGUUAAAUGCUUAACGGAAUAUGGAUAGGCACACAUGCUGCUACGCGUAGGGUCGGAGACGCAGCCUUUGAAGUGGUUCAGAUGAUAAAGUGCUGAACCACGACUUUGCAACAAUUCAUGAUAAGCAUGAAUAAGUACAUCUAGUUAUGUAAACGAAAUUUAAGAUAAACGAAAUUUUAUAUUAACUUCCAUUUCAUUGUAAUAUUUGAUAUUUCAGUUCGAUGUGAAUACUGUAAACUUAAUAUCAUUCCAAGUCAUUGACCGAACGAGGACAAUGCCAUACUGAAAUAGAAUCCUUUUGAUGGGAGAUAUCUUGUUAUGCAAUCAAACCAACUCUGUUCACGGACUGUGUUUUUAUCAAGCAUGUGAACAGCAUGUGAACGAUGACAAUCAAUGCAGACGUCAGGCAGUUUGUUUGCUUUCUCAGUGCGUAAGGGUUACAAAGGUUCAAAGUGCGGAAUCGGAAACCUAUUAUGAGAUGAAAGCAAUACGCGUAUAGUUAUAAUUAUCGGGCCCAAAGUCUAUGUCAAAGUAAAUUAAUCACUCUAA